UCAUAAUUUCUUGACUUGCAGAGGAGACCGGUCCCACCUGGAGGAUUCAUCCCAGACAUGAGGCUCUGUGUCUGGCCUGGAGCUCAUUGUCUCCUGCCUGUCCUGGUUCUUCUGACUGUCCUCCAUGUCAAAGCGAACCAGCACCAAUCCAAGGAGAGACACUACUACAUUGCUGCUGUGGAGAUUGAUUGGAACUACUCUGACAAUGAGACAAGCUGGUUCAAUCCCACCUAUAAGAAAGUGGUGUUUCGGGAGUAUGAGGAAGGCUUCAGACAGGCUAAGACACAUCCAUCCUGGUUAGGCCUCCUUGGACCCACCCUGAGGGCUGAGGAGGGGGAUACCAUUGUUGUCACCUUCAGAAACAUGGCGAGGGAGCCGUACAGUCUCCACCCGCAUGGCGUGUCUUAUGGGAAACAGUCAGAGGGAGCCAACUACUUUGACAACACGUCAUUGAAAGAGAAAGAGGACGACAAUGUGCACCCUAACCGUGAACAUGUGUACACCUGGGAGGUGACGCGGGAUGUUUCUCCAAAGCCCAAUGACCCCACCUGCCUCACCUACACCUACACCUCCCACCAAGACGUGGUAAAGGACUACAACUCGGGCCUCAUUGGCGCUUUGCUCGUCUGCAAGCCUGGCAGUCUUGAUGAGUCAGGGAAACAGGUUGCCGUCCACCAGGAGUACAUUUUUCUGUUUGGGGUUUUUGAUGAGAAAGAGAGCAAGUACAGUCCAAGCAAUCAAGCAGACAACCACGUUAAAUACACCAUCAAUGGAUACACAAAGGGAUCUCUGCCUGAUGUCAGGUUGUGUGCCCACGCCUCAGUGAGCCUGCAUCUGUUGGCUAUGAGCUCUGAGCCCGAGGUGUUCUCGGUGCAUAUGAACGGCCAAGUGCUGCAGCAGACCGGCCACAAAGUGUCGUCAGUUGGUCUGAUCAGUGGCUCCACCGCCACCGCCAGCAUGGUGGCUCUCUACACGGGACGCUGGCUGCUCUCGUCACACACCACGGAGCACAUGGAAGCUGGUAUGCAUGCCUUUGUGGAUGUGGAGAAGUGUGACGGCUUUGAAGAGCCCUCGAGGAGGAUGACCAUUGCUCAAAGAAAGCAAAGCAGGGAGUGGAAAUAUUACAUAGCUGCUGAGGAAGUCGUCUGGGACUACACACCAAACUUGCCAGAACAUGUGGAUGAGGACUUCAAGCUCCAGUACCUGAAACAGUCCUCAACACGAAUCGGGGGGAAGUACAAGAAGGUUGUGUACACUCUGUACAAAAACGAAUCCUUCACUGAAAGGUUACUGUCCAAGCAGAGGAGAAGUGAGCUGGGGAUCUUGGGCCCAGUGAUCAGAGCACAGAUCAGGGAUGUCAUCAAGAUUGUUUUCAAGAACAUGGCCUCCAGGCCCUACAGUAUCUACCCCCACGGUCUGACGAUAGAGAAGUCAGCGGAGGGAGUCAACUACCCAGAAGGAGGGAACCAUUCUCAUGGUGUUCAGCCGGGCGAAACACACACCUAUGUGUGGAGGGUGGUUGAGGAGGACGAGCCUUUGGAGGGAGAUUCCCGAUGUCUGACCCGCAUGUACCACAGUGCAGUGGACACACCACGAGACAUUGCCUCAGGGCUGAUAGGACCCAUCCUCAUCUGCAAGAGUCAGUCCCUCAAUGUCAGAAACGUGCAGUUGAAAGCAGACAAGGAGCAGCACGCCGUAUUCGCUGUGUUCGAUGAGAACAAGAGCUGGUACCUGGAGGACAACAUUCGUCAGUAUUGCGAUCGAUCCAAAGUCAACAAGGCAGAUCCAGACUUUUACAAGUCCAAUAUUAUGCACACAAUUAACGGUUAUGCCUUUGAGAGCGGGCCACUCUUGGGCUUCUGCAAUGGAGAAGUUGCAACGUGGCAUGUAUCCAGCAUUGGAGCACAAGAUUACAUCCAGACAGCAACUUUCUAUGGCCACCCAUUUGAGAUGAAUGAGAGGACAGAGGACAUUCUUAGCCUCUACCCCAUGACUGGCGAGAGCAUAACGAUGAACAUGGACAAUAUUGGCAUCUGGCUCCUUGUUUCCCUGAAUUCCCAUGAAACAACCAAAGGGAUGCGUGUUAAAUUUCGGGAUGUUGAGUGCUAUCGCGACUACCAAUACAACUAUGAAGAUGUUGGUUCACUACCAAACAAUGAAUUUACUGAGUGGAAGCCCCCAACCUGGGAAGACAUUAAAACUAAGGACGAGCUAGAAAAAGAAAAAGAAAAAGAAAAAGAAAAAGAAACAGAGACGAAGUUUGAUGACUACACAGACAAUUUUGCAGAAGAAUUAGGUCUCAGGUCUCUGAGAAACCAGUCUGCUGACUCUGAUGUGGAGAAACUGGAUCUCUCUUUCCUUGACUAUGGUGCUGUUGAUGUGCUUGACACAGAUAGGAAUAUCAGCCUUAAUGUCAAGGAAACAAGGAAUGAAACUAAGAUCUGGGAACUAGUCAAUAGCUUAAACUUUACAGGAGUUUCUGACAUUGAGAAUACGGCUGCUACAGUAUACAUUGCUACAGCAUCACCACUGGCUGGAAAUGUAUCUCCAGAGCCUACCAGUCUUUCUGCACCAUCACCAGAAACUAGUCCUACUGAACAACCCACAAAGGCUAUAAGUGUUACUGCAUUUUCAGCAGAAUCUGACAAUCCAACUACAUCCAGUCUUACUGCAUUAUUGCCAGACUCUACCAGUCCGACUGUAUCAUUGCCAGAGUCUGCCAAUGUUAUUGCAUCCACUGUUAUCACAUUAUUACCAGAACCUACAAAUCUUGCUGCACCAUAUCCAGAAUCCACCAAUCUUACUGCAUCUAAUCUUACUACAACAUCUCAAGAAUCAACCAAUCUUACUGCAUCCAUUCUUAGUACAUCAUCUCCAGAAUCUACCAAUCUUACUGCAUCCAAUUUUAGUACAUCAUCUCCAAAAUCUACCAAUCUUACUGCAUCCAAUCUUACUACAUCAUCUCCAGAAUCUACCAAACUUAGUCUCACAAUGUCAAGAAAUUUAACUUCCAUCUCGGAAACUGAAAUGACAACUGAAGAUAGAAGGAUAACAGUCAACACAAACUUUGUUGAGGACUAUGAAGAGAGACUCACCAGAGGGGAUGUGUUCUCUUACUCUGUGCAUCAGUCCAAGUCCAGCAUCGACGGUCUCAACAGCAGUGUGUCGGCAGAUGCAUCAAACCAUUCCUUGUCAACAGUUAAUGCUGAAGAGGUUUACAUCAGCAAGAUGGGGAGAGACAACUUGGUCAUCUUUGAUUUGGUGUCAGAUAGUUCAGCAGAAGAAAGUGGUGACGGCUCUUUGGUUACCAAGGAAGCAGCAGAGCAUGGUCUCCAACUGAAUUCCUCUGAGGUUGCGUCUAUUCCAACCAAUUCCAGUCGUGAAAAUGGAACAAAUAUUUUGCUCCAAACUGGGUCUAUAAUAAAUGCCACCGUUGAUGUACCCACUUUAGAUUCACUAGGGAUGAGUAGUUCAGAGAAUAGAGAAAAUGUCUCAUCUGUCCCCAGAGAGUUGACCGACUCAUCCAUUGAAAGUAUCUCCAGUGAGAAAGGUAACCUAUCCAUCCCUGUUGUUGAAAUAGAAAAGAGCAGUUCUGAGGAGCUGAGUGCCUCAGACAGCAGUGAAGAAGUGAUUAUUUACUUAAAAGGAAACAAUACAGAGGUCAUUAAAACCACCUCACUCAAAAAACAAGGGCGUAACUGGACUUAUGAAGUAAAUGCACCAGUGGAAGCCGAUGAUAUUCCUGACCACAUGAAGAAAUACUUUGAGGAGACUCUUCAAACGACGCCACCUCCAAAGAAGAAAAUCAAGACUGUGAACCUCCGUCAAAGACCACCUAAGGGCAAAGGUCUGAAAACAAGGAAGAGGAAGGAGUACAAGCCUCAGGCCAGGAGUGGUUUACCAUUUUCUCCUCGUGGGUUCAAUCCAGGCAUGAGCCCUCGUGGUGCAAGACCCAGUGUACCACAACCUGUCUCUGAUGAGGAGCAUUUCAUUAACAUGCCCGUGGUCAUUGGAGUGCCCCGGCCUGAUUUCAGUGAUUAUGAGUUGUAUGUUCCUGGGGAAGAACCUGAUCACCUAGAGAUGGAAGAACAAAAUGUGAAUGCAAAUGAAUAUGAGUAUGUGAUGUACAAUGAUCCCUACAGUGGUCAUGAGGAUGUGAAGAACCUCAACAUAGCCGACACCAUCAAAUACCUUAAGUUCUCAGGUCCGAAUGUUAAGACUUAUUUCAUCGCUGCAGAGGAGGUUAAGUGGGACUAUGCUGGCUACGGGCAAAGGAGGCCAGAGAAGUCUCAACAAAACACCAGAGAAACCAAGUUCACCAAGGUGGUGUUCCGAGGUUACUUGGAUAGCAGCUUCUCCACACCUGACAUCCGAGGAGAGCUAGAUGAGCACCUGGGAAUCCUGGGGCCACUCAUUAAAGCCGAGGUUGGACAAACCAUCAUGGUGGUGUUCAGGAACAAUGCCAACCGUCCAUACUCCAUACACCCUAAUGGGGUUUCCUACACCAAGCAGACAGAAGGUCUGUCCUACGAGGAUGGUUCCAAGCACUGGUACACAUACGACAAUGAGGUUAAACCCAAUACCACCUUUACAUAUUUAUGGAAAGUUAGUUCUAUGGUUGGGCCAACAAACGAAGAGUCAGACUGCCGAACAUGGGCGUAUUAUUCAGGUGUCAAUCCUGAAAAGGAUAUCCACUCUGGCUUGAUUGGGCCUUUGCUUGUGUGUCGGAAGGGCACCCUGGAGAGGACGUCAACAGACACAAGGGAGUUCACGCUGCUUUUUAUGACCUUUGAUGAGUCGCAGAGCUGGUACCAUGAGGAGAACCGUGAAAUAAUGCUAAGGAAACUCCGAAGGAGAUUUAUGGAUAACAGUCUCAAGGAAAACCUCAAGUUCCACUCCAUCAAUGGAAUUACAUACAGCCUUAAAGGCCUGAGGAUGUACACCAGUCAGAGGGUGAGCUGGCACUUGAUCAACAUGGGUUCCCCAAAAGACUUCCAGAGUGUCCACUUUCACGGACAGACAUUUCUUCACAAGAAGACCACCAGCUACAGACAGGCUGUCUACCCUCUGCUACCUGGGAGUUUUGCUACUCUGGAGAUGUAUCCAUCCAAACCUGGCCUGUGGCAGCUGGAGACAGAAGUUGGUUUCAACCAGCAGAAGGGCAUGCAGACCCUUUUCCUGGUUAUAGAUAAUGAGUGCUACCAUCCACUUGGUCUAGAGUCAGGCAGCGUGAAAGAUGACCAGAUCACAGCAAUCGACACUAGAGGACACUGGGAACCGUCUUUGGCCAGAUUGAACAAUGCGGGUAAAUACAACGCUUGGAGCACAGAGAAGAACAACAGCUGGAUUCAGGUGGAUUUCCAGCGGCCAGUUGUGAUCAGCCGGGUGGAAACACAGGGAGCCAAGCAGUUCCUCUCGCACCACUUUGUGCAGAAAUACACAAUCUCUUACAGCAAUGACCGAUGGAAGUGGAUCUUCUAUAAAGGCGACAGCAAGGAAUACAGGAAGAUGUUCACCGGUAACGAGGAAGCAUAUGCAACAAGCACAAACACUUUCUUUCCUCCCAUUAUUGCCCGGUUCGUUAGGCUUCACCCCAUCACUUGGUUCAACACGGCCACAGUCCGCAUGGAGUUCUACGGGUGUCAGCUGGAUGGCUGCUCUGUGCCUUUGGGGAUGGAGAAUCACCUGAUAGGAGAAAGUCAGAUCACAGCCAGCUCCAUGGCCACAAGCUGGUACUCGGGACCCUGGAGGCCUGCUCUUGCACGACUAAACCAACAAGGCACCAUCAACGCAUGGAGGGCUAAGUAUAAUGACAUGAACCAGUGGCUUCAGGUGGAGCUGCCUCAGAUUAAGAAGAUCACAGGUAUCAUAACGCAGGGAGCCAAGGCUCUGGGGAAAGAGAUGUACGUCACGUCCUACACUGUGCAGUACAGCAAUAAUGGGAUCCACUGGAACGAGUACGCAGAAGAUGACACCCAGCCUGUGAAGAUUUUUCAUGGGAACACAAACAACAACGACCACGUGAAGAACUAUAUCUUUCCUCCCAUCUUCUCGCGCUUCAUCCGAAUCAUCCCCAAAAUGUGGACGGGCUCCAUCACCAUGAGAAUAGAGCUGCUGGGCUGCGAUUUUGAGUGAUGCAUGUUUACUGUAGAUACUGAAUGAUCACAGGUCAGAUCAGCUGUGCACAUAUAUAAAUAAAUAUGUAAGCCUUAAAAAAAGACUUGCAUACUGCAGGUCCAGACAUAAGCACAACCACUAUACCACUAAACAGCUGUUAUAAUUAUAUAAUUAUAGGGAUUAAUACAUACAAACAUACAUAAAUGCAUUGCUUUGUUCAUUUGUGAAACUCAUUGUACAACCCGAGGAACUCGCUGCAGCAUAAAUUACAACUCCCGCAACUGUGAAAUUUGCAAUUUGAAGUUGCAAUCAAGAAAAAUAUGCACAGAAAAAUAAUGCAGUCUUUUACAAUGUACACGGUGCAAGUAACUUUCACCCAACUAUAUAUAGUUAGCUAUAGUAUUGCUGUCACUAGUCAGUGAAAUGCAAGUAGAAGAGCUUUAUCUGUUUUUGAAAUGCAUGUUGCAUUUUCAAGUUGUAGCAGUUUGUUUUGUGACAUUUCCGAAAUCAAUUUAAUUAAUGUAAAUAUGUAAGUAGAAGUCAUGUAAUUUAUUUUUUAAUAAAUGUGAUUUCCAUGCUCUCUAUUGGGCAAUCAGCUCCGUGAUGUAGGAUUAAAUGAGCAAAUGAGCCUUGUUUGCAAACAGAGAGCUUUGGCAUCCCAGGCAUGAGUAUUGGAGCACUGAUAUCUUCUCAUGGCGUCUUGGAAGGCGUCGCUUUUAGAACCUUGGCUGAGAUGGGUGUCGUUAAGCGGCGCCCAGGGGCCUCCAGAGUCAACAGACACGUGCAGCUGCAAACACAUGUUAUGCUGAUCCAUUUGCUGAUCAUGUCAAAGUAGGCACUUGAGGUGUGAAAGUCUCAGCAUGGCUGUAUUGCAAGCUACUGAUCCGUGAAGGCAAAUUACCUCACUGAUAGUUUUAUUGGGCAGCUGGCUGGAAACUGUUCAGCUGCCUGUCGGAGCAAAAAAAAAAAACAAAACAAAACAAACACUUCCUGUCUAAGAAACAUUUAACAUCAAAAACUAUACAGCAGCAGUUAAUGUGAUCAUUGCCUUAACAUGAGGAAUUAAUAUAAUAGAUAGAUAGAUUAAUCCAAAUAAUUGUAUUUGCCAAAACCCAAUGUCUACCUAUUGCCUACUGCUGCAGACAUUAUGCUGACGGUCUUCCUCAACAGACAAAUUUUUAUUACUUUGUACUCUGUAUUCACAAAACUGACAAUUAAGACUUGACCUGAAUUUUCGUUUCACUUACUCUUCUAAAAAAAGACUGUGAUAUGACUGAAAACACCUGUAACAACUGAAUAAAAAAAAAAUGUGACUGAUUUUA